UUGCAGACUUCACUCAGACGUCCACGACUGCACACGCUUGCUGCUCGUCAGACCCCCUCCUCUCCAUCACGAUGACCCUCUGCUCCGGCUGCUUCCUCCUCCUCCUCCUCUUCCUCUCCUUUUCCUCCACUGUGAGCGCGGAACCCAGACGCCCCACUUCCGGACAUCGUCGCCGGGCCCCACGCGCACCUGUCGCCAAGGUGCGUCUGGCGGGGAACUUUGCCCGGGAGCCUCACGAGGGUCGCGUGGAGGUGCUGCACAACAACACCUGGGGGACGGUGUGUGACGACGAGGUGGACAUCAACCUGGCCAACGUGGUGUGUCGAGAGAUGGGCUUCCAGGGGGGCAUCACGUGGGCGCACAGUGCCAAGUACGGAGAAGGACAAGGCCCCAUAUGGAUGGACAAUGUUCACUGCGAUGGUUCGGAGAAGUCCUUAAAGGACUGCAAACACAGCGGUUGGGGAGUGAAUGACUGCAAACACUCCGAAGACUUGGGGGUGAUGUGCACUGCCGAGCGCAGGCAAGCACAGACCGGCGUCAUAGACCGAAGCAACGCCAACAGGACCCAAGGCGGUCCCCCCCCCCAGUUGCAAGGCCUUGUGACCACCCGCAGGCGCAUCGGAUAUGGUUACUACGGCAACGGACAUGCGUAUGAGGUCCCGAUCAUCCAGAGGCAGUACCUUAGCCAGGGUCACAGUAAGGUCCGGAUCGAGGAAGUGCGCCUGAGGCCCGUCCUGAUGGCGACCAAGAAGAAGAGCUUGGUCACGGAAGGCGUGGUGGAAGUGAAGCACGCCGGGAGGUGGAGGCAGGUCUGCGACAUGGGCUGGACUCUCAACAGCAGCAGAGUCCUCUGCGGGAUGCUCGGCUUUCCAGAGGCCGCUCCGCCUAACGUCAAAAUGUACAAAAAAAUAUGGGACACCAAGGUCGCAGACCCUUCAACGAGGUUGAGCAUCAUGGCCAAGAAGAAAGGCUUCUGGAUGGAGAAGGUCAACUGUCUGGGCAGUGAGAGCACGCUGUCUGAGUGCCAAGGUCAGCUGUCUAUUCCACGUAGCCCCGCCCCCUGUAAGAACGGCCGACACGCUGUGGUCAAAUGUCUGCCGGGCCCUCAGUUUUCCAGAAUCUCCUCUGGGAGACCUCAAGCCCCCAAUGCAGUUGUGCCGGUGCGUCUGAAGGCCGGACCCAGGCUGGGCGAGGGACGCGUGGAGGUGCUCCGAGACGGAAAAUGGGGGACAAUCGUGGACCACAUGUGGGAGCAGACCGCGGCCAGCGUGGUGUGCAGAGAGCUGGGUUUUGGUACUGCCAAGGACGCACUGCCAGGCGCCUUCAUGGGACAAGGUACUGGACCCAUCCACAUGAACAGUGUGCAGUGCACGGGCACAGAGCGCUCCAUCCUGGACUGCUACUUCCAGGAAGUUCAGCCGUGGACGUUCAAACACAGCCAGGAUGCUUCAGUGCGCUGUAACGUCCCCAAAACCGGCACGGAGCACAUGGUGCGACUGGCUGGCGGGAGGGUUCCGUCAGAGGGCCGAGUCGAGGUGCUGAUGGAAGUGGGCGGCCGGAAACUCUGGGGUUCCGUCUGCAGCGAGAACUGGGGCAUCAAUGAAGCCAUGGUGGUGUGCAGACAGCUGGGUCUGGGCUUUGCUUCGAGCGCACAUCAGGAUACUUGGUAUUGGUCCAGUGACCCAAACGCAGCCGAGUUGAUUCUCAGCGGAACUCACUGUGUCGGAACAGAGUUCUCGAUCCAGCAGUGUCGUCGUAACAACCACAUGCACUGUCCUCGAGGGGGCGGAGUUAAGGCUGCUGGGGUCACCUGCUCAGAAACCGCCCCCGACCUCGUUCUGGAUUCCCAGCUGGUCCAGGAGACGACCUACUUGGAAGACCGACCCCUGCACCUGUUGAACUGUGCCAACGAGGAGAAGUGUCUGUCCUCCUCGGCUGCCAGGAUGAACUGGCCCUACGGCCACAGACGCCUGCUGCGCUUCUCCUCGCGCAUCAUGAACUUGGGACGCUCCGAUUUCCGACCCAAAGCGACGAGGGAGAGCUGGACAUGGCACCAGUGUCACAGGCAUUACCACAGCAUCGAGGUGUUCACGCAUUACGACCUGCUGACCCUCAAUGGCACCAGGGUCGCCGAGGGCCACAAGGCCAGUUUCUGUCUGGAGGACACCCACUGCCCUGAUGGAGUCCAGAAGCGCUUCUCUUGUUAUAACAUGGGCGACCAGGGCAUCUCCGUGGGCUGCUGGGAUACCUACCGCCAUGAUAUCGACUGCCAGUGGGUGGACGUGACGGACGUACGGCCUGGAGAUUACAUCUUUCAGGUGGAAGUCAACCCCUCUAUGGACAUGGCUGAGUCCGACUUCAUGAACAACGUCAUGCGAUGCCGCUGCAAAUACGACGGCCACAGAGCCUUCAUGUACGGAUGUCACGCAGGAGACGCAUACAGCGCCGAGACCGAAGACCUGUUUGAGCACCAGAGGCAGAUCACCAACAACUUUGUGUAGCACCUCCCUAAGACUCCAACACCAAGGACUUCCAUGGUGGCUCAGAUGCUGCUCAAGGUGGGCAGAGUGAUACUUAAGCCCCAGUCCCUCGUAUAACUAAAACACGGAAAGUAACGUUGCCCGUCCAUACGCUCGGCAGCUGAUAGUCACAUCACGGAAACAAACCAAUGACAACAAGAGUGGCCUAUGCAGCUUUUGGCUUUGUCGUUACUCGAGUUACAGUUUAUUCAUUCUUUUCUUUUGUGACGCUGGACUACUAAUAUCCUUUUCUACAAACCUAACUUUUUCACAUGAAAGAUUCAAGAUACAACGCCAAUAUAUCGACAUGUAGUACUGUCAAGCGAUUAAAAAGGCAGUGAUCAAUUAAUUAGGAUCUCUAAUUAAGUUAUAUUUUAAUCCUGCCUAAAAACUUGCUGAGAAAAGCUCUAAACUUGACUUAUUUUCACUUGCCAAGAUAGCUAUACAACAAUAUAAAGUAGAUUUAUAAAGAUACCGCAUUUCCUUGAAUUGCCGCAGGGCAUAUAUGUACGCACCUGCCUUGAAUUACUGCCGGGUCAAACUCGCUUCCCAAAAUAAUGAAUAAUUAAGUUAUAUUUUAAUCCUACCUAAAAACUUGCUGAGAAAAGCUGUAAACUUGACUUAUUUUCAUUUACUAAGAUAGCUACACAACAAUAUAAAGUUACCGUAUUUCCUUGAAUUUCCGCAGGGCAUAUAGUACGCGCCUGCCUUGAAUUACUGCCGGGUCAAACUCGCUUCCCAAAAUAAUUAAUAAUUAAGUUGUAUUUUAAUCCUACCAAAAAACUUGCUGAGAAAAGCUCUAAACUUGACUUAUUUUCAUUUACUAAGAUAGCUAUACAACAAUAUAAAGUUACCGUAUUUCCUCGAAUUGCCGCAGGGCAUAUAUGUACGCACCUGCCUUGAAUUACUGCCGGGUCAAACUCGCUUCCCAAAAUAAUUAAUAAUUAACUUAUAUCUUAAUCCUGCCUAAAAACUUGCUGAGAAAAGCUCUAAACUUGACUUAUUUUCAUUUACUAAGAUAGCUACACAACUAUAUAAAGUUACCGUAUUUCCUUGAAUUGCCGCAGGGCAUAUAUGUACGCACCUGCCUUGAAUUACUGCCGGGUCAAACUCGCUUCCCAAAAUAAUGAAUAAUUAAGUUGUAUUUUAAUCCUACCUAAAAACUUGCGGA